UCAUGUCUCCCACAACCCUCAAACAAUAAACCCAAAAAAAAUAAAAAAAAAAUUAUUUGUCUUAGGCUUCUCAGGGUUUAAAAUAAAGAAAGAGAGAAAGCUAGGGAAGAAGAGAGCAAAAAAAAGAAAAGAUGUUUGGAGUUCCACAAGAGCAAUUUCACCAACUCAUAGCUUCUUCAAGAACACUUUCCUCACUCCCUAUUAAUCCUCUUCCAUUCUCUUCCUCAACUCCUCACCCAUUCCCUAUUAAUUUUGAUGCCUACCCUUCAUCAUCCCCAUCUCAAUUUCAUCACUUGCACCAACCACCUCUUUUAUUGCCUAACAAAUCACAACAUGGUGGUGAUAAUGAUGGGGACAAGAAAGGUGAAGAAGGUGCAACUCUUUUGAUGGAUCCUUGGUCUAAUGAUCAAGUGCUUUCACUUCUCAAAAUCAGAUCUAGUAUGGAUAGCUGGUUUCCGGAUUUCACUUGGGAACAUGUUUCCAGGAAGAUGGAGGAGUUUGGUUUCAAAAGGAGUGCAGAAGAGUGCAAGGAAAAAUUUGAAGCAGAAACAAGAGACUUCAAUACCUUGUGCUUUAACAAGCCGAGGUUCGACAGUGAACUCGAAGAGCUUUAUCAUGUUGACAAGAUGCAGAAAAAAAAUGAAGACCAAGAUAAAGAUGAGCAAGGAGAUCUUCUUGCUGGUAAUGUGGCAAUCCACAACCUACCCGAGCAACGAGCACAUGAAGAGUUGAAGAAAAGUACAGCAUCUUCUUCAUCGUCGAAGCAAAGCCAGGAAAGAAAGAAGAGAAAACGAGAGAAGUUUGAGAAGUUCAAGGAGUUCUGUGUAGAAAUAGUGAACAAGAUGAUGGUUCAGCAAGAGGAGAUGCAUAACAAGCUCCUCGAAGAUUUUGUGAGCAGAGAUGAUGAGUAUAUUGCUAGAGAAGAAGCUUGGAAACAACAAGAAAUGGAAAAUUUCAUCAAGGAGACGGAGAUUAGAACACGUGAGCAAGCGAUAGCUGGUGACAGACAAGCCACCAUCACUGAAAUUAUGAACAAUUUUACUUCUCAGGAAGCCUUUAAGAAAAUCGCUGUCAGUUAUGAAGAGCUUCUCAAAGUAUCCAACACUCUAUCUUCCCUUACAUCUUCGUACCAAAAUAUAAUUCCUCAAAACUCACAUCUAAAUCCUUCACUAAUAAAACCUCAGAAGCCGUCAAAUGAAAGAGACGAUACAGGGAAGCGAUGGCCUAAAGACGAGGUGCUAGCAUUGAUAAACAUGAGGUGCAAAUUGUACACGGACAAUGGCAAUAGCAAUGAGGAAGGCGCGGCGGGAGGGAGCAGAGGCUCAUUGUGGGAGAGAAUCUCUCAGGGGAUGAUGGAGCUGGGAUACAAGAGGAGUGCCAAGAGGUGCAAGGAGAAAUGGGAGAACAUAAACAAGUAUUUCAGGAAAACAAAAGAUGUGAACAAGAAGCGGUCUGUUGAUUCAAGAACAUGCCCUUACUUUCAACAAUUGAGCAGUUUGUAUGAUCAAGGGACUCUGGUAGUGGCUCCAGAUACAUCUUCGUAGAGCCAGGGAAAUAAGGAGCAUUCGAGUUUAAGUUAUUUGUUUCAGCUUUCAGUUUUGAAGUUCUAGUACAAGUUUUGUUUAGCUGUUGCAUAACUGAUGUUUCAUGUGCCUUGGACUUUUUAAUAAAUAGCUGGUUUCAUCA